AUGGCGCUGGUGUUCCUGCUGUCCGUCCUGGCCCAGCACGCAUGCGCGGGAGGGAUGGGUCAGGAUGACGAAGACGACGCAACGACAGGGCCGCGCAGGGGACGGACUUUCGGCCUCCUGGGGAACGCCCUGUUCGGCGAGGGACUGCUUGGAGGCGCAGGCGGCGGGGGAGGAGGGCUCUUCGGGAGCGGCAGACCCGGUCUCUUCGGUGGCAUCCUAGAGGGGCUCUUCGGCGGCGGUGGUGUGAGACCGCUGCCGAUCCUUCUUCUAGGGUCCGGAGGGUGGCUGUCGCCCUUUCGCAGGCCCUACCGGCCAUCUCCGGCGGUGCCCUACUACCCCAGGCCCUACGGCUUCCAAGGGUACCUCGACGACGACGGCGAUUAUUACUACCGCGGCGGAAGGGAAGCUGACCACUUAGUGCCUGAGUUCCACUAG